AUGUUUAACAAUUGCUGCAUCACGAUAGAAAAGAAGAAUGAGGUCAGUCAAGAUAAAUUCAUGGGAUUCUUGAAGAUUUUACAGAAUUUGCUUAGAGGUGAAAGUUCAAUUCACAUGUUUACGUUCAUAGAUGGGCAAGGAACGUCUUGCGCUACUUUGGAGGAAUCUAGGUUCCACCAGCGCAAAAAAAUUGGAGGAUGCAGUACUUCCACGUAG